AUGCCUCGCCAAUUCUUCGUCGGUGGUAACUUCAAGAUGAACGGUGUUGCUAAGAGCAUCACCGACAUCGUGAACAACCUCAACUCCGCCAAGCUCGACUCCGAAACCGAGGUCAUCGGUGUUGCUGCCCAGAACGUCUACGACAAGCCCAACGGUGCUUUCACCGGAGAGAUCAGCGUUGAGCAGCUCCGCGAUACCAAGAUUGACUGGGCUGUCAUCGGCCACAGCGAGCGCCGUGUGAUCCUCAAGGAGUCCGACGAGUUCAUCGCCCGCAAGACCAAGGCCGCCAUUGAGGGUGGUGUUUCUGUCAUUCUCUGCAUCGGAGAGACUCUUGAGGAGCGUGAGGCCAACAAGACCAUUGACGUCGUCACCCGCCAGCUUAACGCUGCCGCUAAGGAGCUCACCGCUGAGCAGUGGGACAAGGUCGUCAUUGCCUACGAGCCCGUCUGGGCUAUUGGCACCGGUAAGGUCGCUACCACUGAGCAGGCUCAGGAGGUCCACGCCGCUAUCCGCAAGUGGCUCGGCGAUGCCAUCUCCCCCAAGGCUAAGGAGAACGUCCGCAUUAUCUACGGUGGCUCUGUCAGCGAGAAGAACUGCCGCGAGCUUGCCACUCAGCCCGAUGUUGACGGUUUCUUGGUUGGCGGUGCCAGCUUGAAGCCUGCCUUCGUCGAUAUCAUCAACGCCCGCAUCUAA